AUGCAAGAGGGAGCAGGUGAUCAGUCGACGAAGCCUGGGAAGGCAGGAACCGCCGGCGAUCAUCUCGAAGAGAAAGAUAGCUCCACGAUCCCCCAAGCAGUACCGGUCAUGGCAAUGUUUGUUCCUCUUGAAGAGAGUCUAUUCGAUCCCUUCGACCCUCCACGGAACGCGAUUGACCGCAUCAAGCUCAGCCAAGAGAAACUCGAGAAACACACGGCCGCCGUUGAGCAGAACAUCCUCUUCAUAUACGAGCGGGAGCACCAGCGCAUUUCGCAGGUUGCAAAGCAAGAGGAAGCGCAAAAGGGUUUCAUCGAGACGCCCGCGGGCCUUAUGCAGGGCGAGGAAGCGCUCAUCAUGGAAUCCGUCCACGCUCCGGUACCCCCCGGCGUCGAUUAUAGCGACCGGCACUUGUCCACAUACAAGGCUCCCGAUCUUCCGCAAGUCCUGCCUCCGAGACAAGCAGCGCUUCAAUGGUCACUCUAUAAUGCUGGCCAGGCCGUGGGUCAACUGACAGGAUAUGCUGGCCACGCCGAAGAGAUCAAAGAGCCCUAUCGGAAGAUGUUGGAGCGACAAGCUGCACAAGAGGCAUUACCUGCCAGCACUAGUCAGGAUGAUGAGCCUGCGCGAAGCUAG